AUGGUCUCAACAACAAGCGAAAUUAUAUCUCAAUUCGUGAUAAACCAAUACAAGGACGGGAAUUAUCAAACACCAUUAAUUAUAGGUAUAAAUGGACCUCAAGGAAGCGGAAAAACAACAACCUGCGAACAAGUGGUCACAGAACUAUCGCAAAAAUUGGCGGCCAAUGUAAUAGCAUUAUCAAUCGAUGACUUUUUACUUACACACAAUGAUCAGGAAAAGAUCUCACGUGCUAAUCCUGGGAAUAAAUUACUCGAAUUUCGUGGCCUUCCUGGCACACAUGACAUUAAAUUAGGCUCCCAUAUACUUCAAUCAAUCUGUAACCAAUUACCCAUCCAGAUACCACACUAUGAUAAAUCUUUGCACAACGGUCGUGGUGAUCGUGCGCCGACCUCAAAAUGGACUCUGAUUUCAUCUCCAAUCGAUAUUGUAUUAUUCGAGGGAUGGUCUUUGGGAUUUAAACAUUUAUCAGAAACGUGCCUAAAGCAUAUUUAUGAGUCAUCUUUGAAGUAUUCAUCGAAAUCUCAUUUGCCAUCACAUAAAUUGGAGCAUCUCUUAACUGUUAAUAACUUCCUAAAGGAAUAUGAACGCGAAUGGUAUCCUUAUAUUGAUGCUUUUAUACAUCUUGAUGCCAAAGACAUUAAUUACGCAUACGAAUGGAGAUUGCAACAAGAACAUACGAUGCGUAAACGAGGAUUAUCGGGAAUGUCAGAUGCUGAGGUCAGGGAUUUUGUGGAUCGAUAUAUGCCCGCAUAUGAGCUUUAUGUGCCUGCUUUGCGUGAUAAAUGUUUGUUUUGUAGUAAUGAUUGGGAUAGAGACGAAGACAUGGGAAAAUUGCAAAGAGAGGAACAUCGAAUGCACAAAGAAAGAUCACUGAGAAUUUUAUUGGAUAGAAAUCGGAAAGUCAUAGACGUAUUCAAGAAUGUUUUAUAA